AGGUGCACACGCAGCACCCACUCUUUGAGGGGGGAAUCUGUGCCAUGUGCAAGGUUCCUGGAGGCCCUCUUCCAGUACGACGACGACGGGUUCCAGUCCUCCUGCUCCAUCUGCUGCUCAGGAGAAACGCUGCUCAUCUGCGAGAACCCCGACUGCACACGGUGCUACUGUCUUGAGUGUGUGGACACCCUGGUGGGCCCCGGGACCUCGGGCAGAGUCCACGCCAUGAGCAGCUGGGUGUGCUUCCUGUGCCUGCCCUUCUCCCGGAGUGGGCUGCUGCAGAGGAGGAGGAAGUGGCGAGGUCGGCUGAAGGCCUUCCAUGACCACGAGGCGGAGAGUCCCCAUGAGAUAUAUAAAACCGUGCCAGCGUGGAAAAGAGAGCCAAUGCGUGUGCUGUCCCUUUUCGGGGACAUCGGGAAAGAGCUAACCAGUCUGGGGUUUCUGGAGACCGGCUCGGAGGCAGGAAGGCUGAAGCAUCUGGAGGAUGUCACCGACACUGUGCGCAGAGAUGUGGAGGAAUGGGGCCCCUUCGACCUCGUGUAUGGCUCGACGCCCGCCCUGGGCCACUCCUGUGACCGUUCUCCUGGCUGGUACCUGUUCCAGUUCCACCGCCUCCUGCAGUACGCGCGGCCCCGGCUGGGCAGCCCGAAGCCCUUCUUCUGGAUGUUUGUGGACAACCUGUUGCUGACCAAGGACGACCAGGCCAUCGCGUCCCGCUUCCUAGAGAUGGAGCCCGUGACCCUCCAGGACGUCCAUGGGAGAGUCCUGCAGAAUGCUGUGCGAGUGUGGACCAACGUCCCCGCUGUGAAGAGCAGGCACUCGGCCCUGGCUUCUGAAGAGGAGCUGCUCCUGGUUCAAGACGGGCAGCGAGGGAGGCUGCCCGCCCAGGGCCCAGCUGCUCUGGUGAAGCACUGCUUUCUUCCCCUGAGAGAAUAUUUCAAGUAUUUUUCUCAGAACACGCUUCCUCUUUAUAAAUGAGUCAUCGUACCAUGAAGAAAAGACUUUUCCUAGAAUUUUCCUCUUACUGUCUUUCCCCCCCAAGUUACUCUUUUACUUGCUUGCUUGGCUUUGGGUGUCUCUUGAUGCUACAGACCCACCUCCUGCUUGGUUCCAAGUUGCAGGGUCUCCUGGUCCCAACGGCUGUGUUCAGGGAGAGGGGUAAGGCCCUGCGUGUGGACCAGGUCCUGAUGUGAUGAGCACGCUGUGCUACCUGAAAGGACAUCUGUGUUCCCACUGAGAAGU